CGAAGACGUGAGGCUCACACUCAGGCGGAACAGAAGCGGAGGGAUGCCAUCAAACGUGGUUAUGAAGAUCUUCAGCAUUUGGUUCCCGCGUGUUCUCAAUACGACUCGACGACCAGCUAUAAGCUGUCGAAGGCGGCCAUCCUCUCGAGAUCUAUUGAACACAUCAACCAUAUGUCGAAAGACAUGUCCGCACAGGAGAAGGAACUGCAAAGACUGCGCAAAGAAGUGGUCGGCCUAUCGAUCAUGAAAAGCAAUUACGAGAAGAUGGUUCAACUGCACCAACAGUCGCAGCCGGGACUCCAGACCAAUCAGAUCACCGAUGACGUCAAGUUUGGCAUCUUUGAGGCCAUCUUUGACAACCUGUUCCAGUCGUUCGACAAGUCGGUCGAAGUGACAAACUUUACCCAAUUGUCUGGA